GCCGUAUUCAUGUAAAAUAAAUCGUCACGAGUCUGCGCAUCGUGUUUAUCAGCACGCACAGAUUAGAGCACGAUUAGAGAAAGGGGAAUAGGAUAGAUUGUGUUCUGUGUCUGACUGUCUGUGGGAGAAAGGGUUUUUGCAAAUGGCCGCCGAUAAAAGUGGUCGAAGUGUGAUGGAUCCCCAAAUCGCUUUACAAAAUGGUACGAACGAUCGUUUGAAAAGAUUGUAUCCAGCUGUGGACGAAACCAAGACCCCCCUGCCGAAAUCUUGGAGCCCCAAGGACAAGUACGGCUACAUAGGGCUGUCGCAGAACAAUUUGCGUGUUCACUACAAAGGUCACGGAAAAACUCAUAGAGAUGCCGCUAGUGUCCAGGCUAUCCAUCCUAUACCAGCAUCUUGUGGUCUCUACUACUUUGAGGUUAAAAUCGUCAGCAAAGGAAGAGAUGGAUACAUGGGUAUCGGUUUAUCAGCACAAGGCGUUAAUAUGAACAGACUUCCAGGAUGGGACAAGCAGUCUUACGGCUACCACGGUGACGACGGGCAUUCUUUCUGUUCUUCCGGUACGGGACAACCGUACGGCCCCACAUUCACUACCGGAGACGUGAUCGGUUGCGGCGUGAAUCUGAUAGACAACACUUGUUUCUACACCAAGAACGGUCAUCAUCUCGGCACUGCCUUCAGAGAUAUACCUCCGAAUCUUUAUCCCACGGUCGGAUUACAAACUCCAGGGGAAGUGGUAGAUGCGAAUUUCGGCCAGGAACCGUUUGUGUUUGACAUCGAAGACAUGUUGAAGGAAUUGAGAUCGAGAACCAGAAUGGAGAUAUACGAUUUUCCUGUGCCAGAGAGUCAAGGAGAAUGGCAAGCUAUAUUAAACAAUAUGGUAUCUACAUAUUUAGUCCACCAUGGUUACUGUAAUACUGCUGAGGCCUUCGCCCAUAUAACCGAACAACCGUUCAAUGAAGAUAUAGCAUCGAUAAAAAAUCGCCAAAAAAUUCUCAAAUUAGUUUUGGCCGGCCGGAUGGGAGAGGCCAUAGAAAAAACUACUCGCUUGUACCCCGGCCUGCUCGAGAACAACCCGAAUCUUUUAUUCACGCUCAAGUGCCGUCAGUUCGUCGAAAUGGUGAACGGUUCCGACAUAGACGUAUCUCGAAAAAAAUCCGCGGGAAGUGGCAACAGCGUAUCGCCCAGGCCCGGUAGCCCCGUACAGACCUCUGUCAUACAGAGCACCAAGAAUUUGACGGGCAAAUCGGUGGAAGAGAUGAAUCGCAGCAACGCGUCCAGGAACGGGAACAAGUGCGAGGGCGAGCUGAUCAGCACCGAAGAUUGCGACGUUGAAAUGGAUACAUCUGAAGAGGUACAAAAUGGCCAUGGCGACACCUGCGUAAACGGCAAAGCCGUCUCAAAUAAUAGAUACCAGAAUGGAAGUAGUAAUUUACACGACGACAGUAGCUCCACCAAUAUGAGAAAUGAUGAUCUAACAACCUGCUGUGAUAUUGACGAUGAAGAUAUGGAAAUAGAUGUGCCCUGCCGAAAAACCUGUCAAAAACAAUCCGUAGAAAGGAUACUAGAUUUUGGCAAGGAAUUGUAUAGCAUGAGCCAAAGGCUCAGAAGGGACAAAAUUUCUAGUAAUAUUAACGAAAAAAUGCUCGAGGAUGCAUUUAGUUUAUUAGCAUAUUCUAACCCUUGGGCUAGUCCGGUAGGUUGGCAGUUAGAAUCUACACAAAGAGAGUCGGUUUGUGCAUCAUUGAAUUCAGCAAUUUUAGAUUCGAAUAACAAGCCGCGCAAACCGCCCCUGGAAGUGGCGAUGGCCCAUGCCGAGGAGCUCGUCCGCCUCAUGUCGAACGCCGGCCUCGGUUCGUGCGCGUUCGCCUCCCUCGUCGACCUGCUCGACCAGUGACCCUUCCUGCUCUCGCGUCCUCUCCUACUCACCCCCUCCACUUCCCGCUCGCGUCGAUGAGGACCGCCCACAUUGCGCGCGCACGCUGAUCGGUGAUCACGAAAGGUUCGCGGGCUACGAACGUCUCGGACAGUGUUGCCAAUUAGCAGAAAAUUUCCCGCAUUUCGGGA